GGACCAUUCGGUUUUUGCCUCCUCCAUUCUCUUCCCUUCCUCCCUUUGUCCAUCCUCUUCCACACAGCUUCACCCCUUCCUUUAUUCUUCCUCCCCCGCCACUUGAACAAUACUCGCUUCUACCGUUGUUCACUCAUCCCUUUAUGCCUUGACCACGAAACCGACACUUACGCGCACCCUCAUUCGUUGCACCUCGACAUCCUUUCCCUUCCCAACAAACACCUUUUCUUCUCUCCCUGCAACUAUCCCGAACUGCACCUUCAUCAUCAUCUACCUUUUCUAAUAUUUUUCCUACCGCUACCACCACCACCACUGCCACAAGAUACCCUCGAAAAACACAUUACUCCAUUUCCUCCUACAAAAUGCCACCGCGUGUGUCAAAGCGAAAAGCCGCUGAAGUGGUAGAAAAUGCCUUCAAUCGUUCUCCCGAGAGUGAAGGAGAACGGGCGGCUGAUGUAACUCUGGUUAUCCGCAAAGGCAUCAGGACACGGAAAAUAGCAGAGCCCAAGACAAAGAUAAAGACGGUUGCGAAAGCUACGAAGACUACUAAAGUCUUGAAGUCUCCCGGCACCGGGACUACCGCCGUUCAGCAUACCUCCGCUGCAACCACAAAGGCUGCAAAGAAGGUCACUGGAAAGGCAAACCCCUCUUCGCCACCUAAGGCCGCUCCUGUAUCAAAGGCUAAGAAGGCGGCUGCUGCAGCUGCUGAGAAGAAAGUUGCAGAUGAGGAACAAGUAGAAGAGGUAAAGGCUACGAAGGGGAAGAAACAGAAGGAGAAGGCGAGGGAAAGAGAAAAGGAAAUGGGGAAUGAGGGGCUAAAGGAAAUUGAGGAGACCGCGACGGUUGAGGGGGCCAAGGGAGAGAAAUCGGUCGAACCAGCCCGCAAGAAGAGUCGUGUUGGUGCUAAGGCGCUUGCAGGCUCUAAGAUAACUUCUGUCCCUAUCCAGCGACUGAAUAUUUACGCGUUCGGUACUGGCGAUAAUGCCGAGUUGGGUCUGGGACCGGAGAUUAACGCAAAGGUUGUCAAGCGUCCUAGAUUGAAUGCCCAUCUUCUCCCUGAAAAGGUUGGAAUUGUCGCAGUUGCGAUUGGCGGUAUGCACGGUUUGGCUUUGUCGCACGAGGGGAAAGUUUACUCGUGGGGUGUCAAUGAUCAGUACGCUCUUGGGAGGGAAACAAAGUAUACUCCUCCGAUGAGAGAUGUGGGUUCCGAUGGCGAUAGCGACAGCGACAGCGACGGCGAAGAGCCUCUGAAUCCACUGGAGAGCACGCCAAUGCUCAUUACCACCUUUCCAGAGGGGACUGUGAUCACGAACAUUGCUGCCGGUGAUAGCAUUUCGAUCGCUGUUACGGACACCGGCAAGGUUUAUGGAUGGGGAACAUUUAGGGUCUGUGAUCAGUUCUUCAUUUGGGUUUACGAUUUUGCUGAUUUCUGUUUAGUGCUCCGACGGUAUUCUUGGAUUCAAUGAGAAGACCCGUAUACAGAGCGUCCCCGUCUUGCUACCAACUCUCAAGAACAUUGUUCAGGUUAGUGUCGGUACCGAUCACGUCCUCGGACUUACGAGGGAAGGAAACGUCUACGCAUGGGGCAAUGGUCAGCAAUUCCAGCUCGGGAGACGUGUCGUCGAGAGAACCCGCCUCAAUGGGCUCAUUCCUCGCGAGUUCGGUCUUCCUCGGCGUCAGGUCAAGUACGUCGCUACCGGUUCCUAUCACUCCUUUGCAAUUACCCAAGACGGGAGGGUCUGGGCGUGGGGCCUCAAUCAAUUUGGCCAAUGCGGGAUAUAUGACCCUCAGCACGCUGGGGAAGACAACACCGUGAUUCCCGUUCCCACUGUUGUCCAGGGCCUUACAAAGUACAAGAUUGUUCAGAUAUCCGCUGGAGAACAUCACUCAGCCGCCGUGACUGAGGAUGGUGAACUUCUGGUUUGGGGCCGUCUUGACGGUGGACAACUCGGUUUGGACCCAGAGACGCUCCCGGCGGAAGACGUCGUCCGUGAUGUAUCUGGCAAGCCUCGGUACCUCUCGACCCCACAUGCAGUCCCUAGUAUCAAGUUCUCCUUCAUUGGCUGCGGCACACACCACAAUAUCGCCAUCUCGACAGAGGGACAAGCAUACUCUUGGGGCUUUGGCGGCAGUUAUCAGACCGGCCUCGGUCCUGAGGCCGAGGAUGAGAUCAAAUGCCCCACGAAAAUCGAAAAUACAGCUACCAGAGGUAUCGAGAUGGUUUACUCUGAUGCUGGCGGGCAAUUUUCCAUUCUCGCUGGCAUUCCCCCAAAACUUACCAAUGGCACAUUAUAAGUCUUGUGCAAGCGUCAAGUUUGUGCUUUGAUUGAUUGGCUGCUGGUGGAGGUAAGAUGAGACGAGAACGUGAUGUGAUGGACAAUCUAUUCUGUACCUUUUUUUUUUUUUCCCUUUCAAACAUAACUCGGAGCGUUAUGCACACAAGCGGGCCAACGGAACAGGUGGAUGGAUUGGCUAGUGAUUGUCUUGAUGGAAGGUGACUGGUCGGCAACCUAUAAACGCCUUGUAACGGUAUAAAGAAGCGGUUUCCAUCUGUUUCUUUUUUUUUUUUUCCUAUAUAUUUUCCCCCUCUUUCUCUUUCACGUUGUGUCAAUUCAUGGGGUUUCUCUUCUCUCUUAUUAUUAUUUCAUUUUUUCCCCCUCUUAUAUCGGUCACGCAAGGCGUGAGUUUGGGUUUUCCUUCCUCUUUAUCCUUUUAAAAUCGGUUUGGCUUUGUGGUUUAUUAUUUAAUUCUCGUUGGGGCGGAGGAAGGUUGGGAGGGGUUAUCUGGGGUAGGAGGAUACUUGCUGAGCUCUAUGUCAAAUAUUUCAUUCAUACGCAGGAGAACAUGUACAGUGUAGUGUAUAUGGGGAAUGCAGCCGAGUAACAAGUUUCGGUCAACUGUGGUGCUGUUUAUGUUGCCGUGUGAGGGCGAGCGAGAUUGGGUUGCCUCGGCUCUAUGCUCCUCGAAUGCCUUCGUGUAGGUAUGAUAGGAGGGUGUCGGGUCAGGCUCGGGGCAGGUUUCCAAUCGUGCGCUUCCCGCUUAGCUUUGUCCUAUUCAUAUUGUAGCUAGGUACCAUACCGUAUCGCGUUAUGUAGCAUACGUAAAUUACCGUAUUAUAGGCAGGAAGGUUAUCACAACAAGGUACUCGGGAAACUU